CUCGAUUUUGUAUCGAAAACAAACAAUUAAAAGCCGGCAUGACACGAGAGGAACAGACUCAAGCAGAAUUGUGUCAUGCCGGGCCAGUGCCGUAUAGUUCAAGGCAACUUUCCUGCCGGACCUAGAUCUCAUUUAAUAAUCCUGUCCUACACAAUUUGGGCUCACAAUCUGCAUCCUUGGGCCUAGCCUAGGAACAUCCGCACUAGUCCAAUUACCAGACCAGAUCCAUCACUUGUUCGGCCCAAUGUAGCCCAAAACCGAACCCGAGCAGUGUCCCCGACCGACGACAGGUUGUCACUACUAAUAUUCCAAAUCCCACCCAGGAAACUGCUACCAGACUGGAAAGAAAGCGGCGAAACGAUGGCAUCCAAUUCCACCGCCGCCGCAGCCGCCCGAAGGAGAAAAAUCGUCGAGCGAGGCGCCGACCGAUUAGCUCUCAUCACCGGCCGGCUCUCCUCUCUUCCUCCCGAAUCCUCCUCCGACGCCAACCUGAAGCCUUCCGCCGACUCAUCUCCCCAGCCGAAUUCCGAUCACCAACUUUAUCCUCCGCCGCACCUCCUUCCCCAUGGAGUCGCCGCCGCCGAACCAGUAUUCCAGCCGCCCAAUCCUCCUCCGAACCAAAUCGAACAGCCGCUGCUCCAGAAAACAAAUGAUUCCGUUAGCGGUGAGGAAGAAACCUUCGGUAGGGAACUACCGGAACAAGAUACCGCCGCCGUUGAUUCCGCCAGAGACCACGUCGGCAGCGUUUUAGACCGUCCCGUUUCGGAUGAAAUUAGCGGCCGAUCGGAUCUAAAUCCGACGGCCAUGGGAGCCGCUUCCGGCACAGAGCAACUUCUCCUCCGUGGAAGCACUCGUCAGAGAAGAGUUUCGAUGAGUCCAAGUCAGAUAAGUUCGGGCAUCACAGCAUCAGAAAGAACCAGAGUUCUCUGUUCAGUAGCUGUCGCCGUUUUAGUAGUCUCGUCAUCUCUAGGGUUCCCUCUCCUUGGGAGCGAUAUAGUGAAGGGAAUUCUGAGCUUCAGGCCGCUUUACCUGCUGCUUGUGACCAAUGUGACAAUCGUGAUCGCCGCUAUCCUUUCGAACAACGACCGGAGAGGUUCAGCAAUGGUGGAUGAUGGGGCAGCAGGACUCGAAUUGUCGUCCGGCAGCAGCUACGAUUGGGCUGCACAAGCAAGCAAGGCAUUAGAGAUAAGUUUCGUGGCGAAGAAAGCAAUCGAAGCCUUACUGAUGGAUGUCAGCGUCUACGCAAUCAUUGUUGUUUGUGCUUUCUGCCUUCUCCGAUGAGAACACAACCCCGACGAAUCCCCUCGUGUUGUUCUUUCAAUAAUGUAGUACGAACAAUUCUUCUGUGUUCCGAUUGUAAUGGAAUUGGCAAAUGGUGUGUUUGGAGUUAGCAACUUAGCAUUAGAUAUCUUCUGCAAUAGUCUCGAUAAUAUGAUCACUUAUCUCGUCAAAAGAAACCAACAUCUCUAGCAGCUCGAAGAUCUCGUUCGAGAAUGGCUUAGAAUCGUCGCCAGAAGCAAACUCUUGAACUACAUUGUUGACCUCGAUCGAACUACACCCGGGAGUUUUCUUCAUGCUGUUGCUCCGAAUCAAUGUUCGCAUUCUCGAAACUCCAUCCCACUUGCCCUGGUCCGCAUAUAUGUUGGAUAGCAAGACGUAAUUCCCUGUGUCUUCUGGUUCGAGCUCUUCGAGGUGUCUCAUUGCGAUAACUGCAAUGUCCAGGUUCCCGUGCUUCCUGCAAGAACUCAACAACGAACCCCAGAUCUUCGAAUCGGGUCUCACGGGCAUCUGCUGUAUGAUACUCAGGGCACGGUUGAGCUGACCUGCUCGUCCAAGAAGGUCUACUAAAACUCCGUAGUGUUCGAUUACUGGCUGUAUCGAACAACUGUCUUUCAUAGAGUCGAAAUACCUCAAACCCUGCUGCCAUAAGCCGGCAUGAGCACAAGCUGAUAAAAGACCGAGAUAUGUAAUGCCGUUGGGCUCAAUCCCUUCCAGCUUCAUUCUCUUGAAGAGGUUGAUUGAUUCGAGAGCCUUGCCAUGAUUCGCUAACCCACCGAUCAUCGUGCUCCAUGAUAUCACAUCCCUCUUAGGCAUUUUAUCAAACAACUGACUGGCUUGAUCAAUGCAACCACAUUUUGCGUACAUCUCCAUCAGUGCAUUGCAGAUGUUUGUUUUCUGCAACAACCCUUUUCUGCCGCUAUACAUAUGUAUCCAUUUCCCUACCUCGAGAGCUCCUAACUGCGCGCAGGCAGGUAAAACAGAGACAAUGCUGAUCUCAUCCGGCUCAUUCCCCGCCAUUUGCAUCUGUCGAAACAAAUCCAGUGCAUCAGCAUAAGACCCCAUACGACUGUAUCCAGUAACCAUUGCAGUCCACGAGACUAUUGUUCUUUGAGGCAUUUUGUCGAACAGCGCUCUCGCCUUCCUCAUUUGACCCAAUCUCGCGUAUCCAGAGAUAACGCUGUUCCAUGAAAUAGCAUCUUUCUCAGUCAUUUCGUCGAACAGCUUGUGGGCAACUGCCAAAUCAUCACACUUCGUGUACAUAUCGAUCAGCGCGUUUUCCGUGAUCAGGUGAGACUCUGGCCCGAACUUGACGACCUGAGCGUGAACCUGCCUGCCCAGUUCAUGGCUCCCCAAGCCCGCACAGGCUUUCACGACGAACGGGAAGGUGAAUUUGCCAGGCGAUAGAUUCGUCAUACGUAACAUCUGCUUGUACAUGGAAACUGUUGGCCCAUACAUAGAAUUGUGCGCAUAAGUUCGUAUGAUCGCAUUGUACAGGAACCCAUUUGGUUCCUCCACUUGGUUGAAGAGCAUCGUCGCGUAAUUCAAAUCCCGCGCGGCGUCGCAGACGUCCAACAUUUUCGUCGCCAGGAAGUUGCUCUGCGAGAGCGAACGCUUCAGAAUAUGAGCGUGGAUUUUCUUCAGUUCGACCGUGUUCCUGCAGUUUUGUAGAAUGGGAACGAAGAGGUCUUCUAGCUCCCUGAUGCUCAACGCUCCAACUUUAAAUGCCAUCACUGAUGAUGGCUGAAAUUAUCUUCACAGCGGAACAAAAGGAACUUGUAAGUUGUAUCUUGCAAUACCGUGACAGAGACUGAGCGACAUAUAUGUGUUCAGAGAAACGUAAAGAAAAUGCCAGAAGGGGAGGUUUAAGCCCA